AUGGCCAACAUUUCUGAUUCAAAGGAUCUCAUUUAUGAAAACUUGAGCAUGGAGAAGAGAGGAGAACAAGAAACAGUAAAAAAUGAAGAAGAAAGCUUCUCCUAUGCAAUGCAACUUGCAAUCUCUAUUGCACUUCCCAUGGCACUUGAAUGUGCAAUUGAACUUGGUGUAUUUGAAGUAUUGCAAAAAGCUGUGCUUAAUUGUACCCUCAUUCCUCAUGAUGAUGAUGAUGAUGAUGAACAAAACCACAUCAAUUCCUUUCAAAGACACUAUAGCAUGACUUCGGUUGCCAAAUUUUUUGCUCCUAAUUCUGACGGUGUUUCAUUAGCACCCUUGAUUGCGUUGAAUAUCGAUAACAUUUUUCUUGCUAGUUGGUCUCAACUUAAAGACGCAGUUCAGUUCGGAGGCACUCCAUUCAAUAAGGCUCAUGGCACCCAUCUAUUUGACUAUCCUAACUCCGAUUCGAGGUUCAAUCAAAUUUUCAAUACUGCAAUGAACAAUCAUUCAACUAUAGUCAUGAAGAGGGUUCUUGAAUGCUACGAUGGUUUUAAGGACAUAAAAAGACUUGUGGAUGUUGGUGGUGGCCUCGGGAUGAACAUUAACUUGAUCACUUCAAAAUACACUCAUAUACAUGGUAUCAAUUUUGAUUUGCCUCAUGUCAUACAACACGCUCCUUCCUAUCCUGGAGUGGAGCACAUUGGCGGAGAUAUGUUUGAAAGUGUGCCCAAAGGAGAUGCCAUUUUUAUGAAGUGGAUACUUCAUGAUUGGAGCGAUGAACGUUGUUUGAAACUUAUGAAGAAUUGCUAUGAUGCUAUUCCCGAUGAUGGAAAGGUGAUAGUUUUGGAGGCACUUCUACCUAUUAUGCCAAAGAACGAAGUUGUUUGGAAAUCUAUCUCUCAUGUGGAUAUUGCAAUGAUGACUCAUUGUUUAGAAGGAAAAGAAAGAACCGAACAUGAAUUCAAAGAUUUAGCAACUAAAGCUGGAUUUCGUGGCAUCAAAUAUGGAUGUUGUAUUUAUAAUUUUUGGGUUAUGGAGUUUUUCAAGUAA